UGUGGUACCGUGAUGAUAGGGAUAAACAACAUGCUUGGAGUUGUUUGUGGUCCAGAGACAGCCGGCUAAAUACAUGUAUGCAACGGCCGCGCGACAACAUAGGAUUAGCGAAAAAAAAAACACUAUACAGUCCCGAGCCAAGAGUCUGACUCGUUUGCUUAUACGGUUCCCAUACUGGCUUGCUCGCUUGCUUCUUGCUUACCAAGCCUCCGCGGUCGAGCUAGCUGGAGGACAACUUCGCUCAAGAAUUCAGUUGUACGCGGUUGGGUCAACGGCAAAAGCAGCGCGAGUUAGUACCAACGUUCAGUGAAGGUUUGGCGCUUUCUUUUCGCAGACAACGUUCGCGAGUUCGAGGAGUUCGCGAAUUUCCGCUAACGUUCAAGCGAUUACGUUACUAAAUUUCACGGUUCAACAUAGUUUCGACAGGUCAAAUCCACCGAUGCAUACCACUCGGUAGUUACUAUAUGUGCGGGAUUAAGGGUUUUAUCGUGCAUCCAUCUAGGGGAUUAUCGUUAUCAGCGGAUCUAGUGAUUCCACCUUGCGCUCUGUUUACUGAUACCUGAGAAGGUGUCAGGUGUUACUUGAUACCGUCCUGGGUCUAGCUCAACCCAGAUAGUUUGACGGGACUGCAGUUAUGGUCUAUGGUGCGUUAAAUAAGAAAUUAUUGGAAUAGUGUCUCGGUUCUGUUUGUGGAGUCCUUGAGUUUGAAAGUGUGCAGGAUCCGGUAUAUAGUGAAAUAGAUAAGCAGUUAAUACUGAAGUGUCGUGAAGUGCUUUGGGAGUGAAGCUGAGCCAGGAUUAUUCCGUAGGAUUAAAUGUCGUUGGAGAGUUCGUUUCCGGUACCGGCCUCACUCAGCAGUCGCGGUAACAAGUUUCUAAAAUCUUAUUGAUUCAUUCAGAAUCGGUUCGGUUCAAUUAAUUAGUGCGUUUCCCGAAAUAAUUACCGCCAUUUAUCUGGACGUGAAACACACAUGCACGCGUAUGGGAAUAGAUGCUUUCCACUCGGAAAACUCAAUAGAUACAGAUUUUCCAUCUGAAAAAUCGACAUCCGGAAAGAAUAAAGUUGAGAGUGGUUGCAUGUUGGUUGCAUGUCGUUCGAUUUCGUAUAGAGUACCGCCGCGGCCCCAUCGCCAUCAUCUACUCUUCAGCGGCACCCGCAAGGAAUCCCAGCCCAAGAAUUCCCUGCAUCAUCAUCGUUCCGUUCUUGAGUCGAUUCAAGUGUUUGCUCCAUUUGUGGCUGUAACGUGCAAGAAGACGAACCGCGCAACAAGUGCUUAAUGGGCAUCAUGCUGAUAUCUUGACUUCAGAGACUCAAUUCAGAGUUUCGUAUCUUUUUUCAAUGGAAUUCAAACUGUAACAAAUGGAUUAGCAGAUAAUACCAACUGGUCCUCAUUAUAAGCCUGAUUAGACGCUAUUUUUGGACUCAAUAGGACAAUUGUGGCGUAACAUGUUUUCACGGAUGCCGAGUCCGUCUGAAUCGGAUUCUUUCGGCACCACUACUGACCAAACCGAUAGAUUAGGUGUAUCUGCUGGAUCAGAUUCCAUCUCAACAGAUAGUAGUGUUAAGGAUUAUGUGACAACCGAUGAUUGGUGGUCAAAUGCAAUUGAAGAGGAUACAUUCGAUUCACCAUUAGCAUUUGAUGCUAGUGAAAAUGGGCUGUGGAAUGGACGUUUUGUACCGCCACCACCACGACCUCCAUUCCUUGAUGAAUCGGUGGCAUCGGAUGGCCUUACAACAUGUGAUUUAUGUACAUGGGCAUGGCAACGUAAUGCCUACUCGUUGGAUGGUUCUAUAGAAGCAGCCGGCGAAUUAGGAUGGGCGCUCACCUUAAUUAUAGUUUCAGUCAUAUCAGCUCUUAUAGGUGCUAUUAUAAUGGUCAUAGUUCUUAGGUGUAGAAGAUUAAAAUCAGCGAAUAGUAAUGGAGGACGGCCUUUACCGUGGUGGUGUCGAAAUCAUCGUACAAAUGGUCAAACAGGUAGAUCAAAUCUAUCAACAAAACAUCCCGCUGACAGUAUACGAAGGCCUACAAGUAAUUCCGGAGUAUGGAACUGGUUAAGUACACGAAGAUCAUCAGCAGGACCUGAUCAAAUUGGUCCACCGUCAUCAUCACCUGCCGAAAAUCACUAUACACACAUGGACGACGCAUAUAGUCCUGUUGGUGUCGGAGAAGCCCUCUAUGCCGAACUUGAUCGUGAAUCAGUACGAUCAGCGAAUCCAUCAUAUCAGAACACUGCCUACAGCCAAUGUGGAGAGGGUCACGAACAGGACAUGCCAAUGGUUUCAUCAGCUCCAAGUAGUGCUUACUAUUCUGAUCUCUCUGUAACUGCGAUGCCAACCGGGGCCGAUCGAGCAUACGAAGUUGUAGGACUAACAAUGUUAUCGGGUCCACUUCAAAAUUGGGACGUUUCAGGCGACUCCAGUGGAAGCAGCGGAGGCCUGACAGUCACACGAAGACCUCCCCGACUAGCAGCCAUCAAUGAAAGUACCACCACAGUGCCCUCGGAUUAUGUUUAAUAAUUUAUUGAGCCAAUAACAAUUGUGUUUUAAAAACAAAGUAACAUUACUCUGAAUUCCAUUAAAACAACUGAGCAUGUAGACAUGAUAUUAUCUUUUUGAGAUUUUCUUUUUUUAAAAACAAAAAAAAAAUAGUACGAUGAAGAAUGCAUGAACAAAAUAAUCGAGCUUAAUUCAAGUACACGUGAUAUUUAUGAAAUAAUGAAAAUUAUAGAAAGAUAAAAAAAUAUUAAAAAAGAAUUUCAUGAAGAUAACAUUAGAAGUUGUUCUGUUUCAUAUUAAGCUGUAAAGAUAAACCUAUUUAAGACUUAUAUGAAAAAGUAGCAUAAUCUCAAGUAAAAGAUACAGAUAAAACGAAAGUUAUAAAAAGUAAAUUAUACACAAACUGUAAAAUUGAAAGUAAAGAAAGUGGAAACUUUCCCAUCGUGUAGAAACAACUUCAACUUCAAUAGCAAUAAUUAAUCUACUAAACUUCUUUUCAAAACUUAUUAAUAUUAAAACUAUUACAAAAUUAUGUGUUUCUACAUAGGAGACAUUUUGUGAUCUAAGACUUGUUUGAAAUAUUCUUAAUUGUUUAAAUAUUUAAGUAGCCAUGUAGAGUGAGCAUGAGAGGAAGUUUUUUAAAAAGAAUAUUAUUUUUGUAAAUAAAUGAGAAAUGAUGAAAUGAAAUGAAGACGGACAUUCAUAAUAACAAAAUAUUAAAUUCAAAUA